UUUACUAUGUGCUGGUUCAGAUCUCUGAUCUAUUGCACUUUGAAUUUCCAACCUGCCCCUUUGGAUUUGUGUUCCUGUUUGGACUGCGUUGACCCUUCCCUGCAUUGUGACUGUGUAAUGUGUAUGAGUAUCCAGUGGAGGGCAGUAUGAUUCAUUUUAAACAGAGCAGCAAGAAAAACAGAAAGAAGAAGAUAGGCAUCUGACAGUGGAACAUGGCAGAUGACAAGGGUCCUCUGGGCCAGCUCAAGGACCUGGUGGAGCUGAAGGACCAGCUGGAAGACAUUCAGAAACGGAUGGAGGAUGAGAUACAAGCUGGUGUCCCUCUAGGAGGCAGUUUGCUGGCCUCUCCUUUCCUGAAGGGUUUUUUAGCUGGGUACGUUGUUGCAAGGCUACGCUCUUCCCCGUUGCUGGGUGUAGCCGUUGGGACGUGCACAGGAAUCUUUGCAGCACAAAAUUAUGCCGUUCCCAACAUUGAAACCACCGUCAGAGACUAUAUAAGCAAACUAAAAGGAGGAAGCAAAUAAUGAGAGAGGAAUACAACUAAGAAGAGCCGGAUGAGAGACAUCUACAAGCAGAGGGAGCCACUUGAGCUACAUACGGGAACAUACAUAUAUUUCAAAAGUUAAGAACUCUUCAGUAGUUAUAUUUUUCCAAGUUCCACAAGAUGAGUGAAUAGGAAACAUUUAAGUAAGCCAACCUACCAUCAUUUUGAUUCAGUUGAUCUGAAAACUUAAGUGUGGAGAAUAGAUGACUGACAUUAUAUUCUGUAAUAAAUUGAGCAUAUAAGAAGCGUGUGGGAAGGGUUUCAAUUCAGUUAAUUCAAACAUUAGAUAUUAGGGAAUCGACUCAACUGCUAUAGCUGAAUUCUGUCCUCCACCCUUUUUCCACAAAAAAAUUGCUCUCUGAAGUGUUAUUGAUGCUCAGAUUUAGAUUAUUUUGUCCCCUCAAGAGGUAUUUGAUGUCCUCCUUCGCCCUCUAGUGAUAAGAUAUUUAUUAUAGCAGUCAAUGCUAAUUUACAUAUCUUUACUCAGGCCUGAUAGAGCAUUUAAAAGUGCAGCUCGUUUGUGUUAUACUUGUCAAAACCUUUGUCUUUGCAUGGACAUAACACCACUGGAAAUGUUUUUUAAACCAAUCGUCCUAAUCUUUUGGAGAGGUUUGUGAAAAAACAAUCUGUUACUCAAAAUAUGACACACUCUGUUAUAAAAUAGAUAUCUUUAAAAAUUCUCUAUAUUUUCCACCUUGUACUGUUUAAAAAGGUCAGCAUUUUGGCUGUGCUUAAAAUAUUUAGACUUUAUUAGAUAAAAAUGUAUGCCAAAGCCAGAUUGGUGUUUAAAGAUGUAGUUUUUAUUGCACUUGAGGGAUUUAACAAAGCAGGAAAUGUAUGCUAAAGUAUUUUAUGUAACAUAUAUAUUAAGAGUGCCUACUUUGGUCUGGACUUGAUAUUUUCAUCUCAUGCCAUGUGUGCAAUAGCCUUUUUUGAUAGAGUUUGGCAGAGUAUUUCAUAUGCUGGAAACUAUUUGAUCUUUUGCACUUCAUUAAAAAUGUGGGAGUUUUGUUCCAUUGUAUUUCAUAAAGAAACAAUGAUUUUGGUCCAAGGAAAAUCAAACCUAUCAAAGUUAUAAUGACAUGUUUAGCUAAAUGUGGUGUUGUUUUGUGAUGUUUUAAGGAAGUGGGAACUAUAAUGUGGAUCAAUGUCAAUAUCACAUCCCUAAACUGUGCUGUUGUUGGAGCACCAAAAACACAUCGACAGUAGCUGGAAUGAAAACAUUUCUGGGCAGAUAUGUCACAUGGAUGACUGAAAAUGUACAUGGUUUUGUUCAUUUAUCCUUACACCAACAAAUAGUUUUCGCAUGACCCCUGGUACUGUUUUACUGCUGUUUAAGCGAACACACCAUGAUUAUGUAAACAGUCAGGUCUUUAACGGGUAAAACACAAAAAAGCAAUUUUUUCAAAACUUUGGUACUGUAUUCAUAACUGGAACACAAAUGUGCCUAUUGACAAUCAUUAUUUAGCUUUCAUUGUAUUGCAUGUUACUUAAUUACUCGUCUGUUACAUUUUUGCAUGUUUUCUCUUGCCAACCUUUGAUAUGUUUUGGAAAAUACAAUAGAACAGGUGAUGGUGCUUUAUUUGACUAACCUCAGUGUCAUUUCUUUUUGUCAUUGGUUUUCACUCAGUUUGAAAUUCCUUUGUGAUAUUGUAAAAGAAAACAACAAAAUGUGUCUUUACGACUUUUAUUUGGAUUGCUCAAAUAAAUGGGGAAAAUACAGUUUCCAAUUGUCUCGUAA